ACAUGGCUGCUGUUCCCCAAGCGCUUCCGCCGGCAGCGGCGUCUGUUUGCCCUCAGUGAAGAUGGCCGAGCGCAGUGCGGAGAGGGCGCGGUGUGCCGGUGGCUGCGAUGCACCCCAAUGGCGAACAGCACCAAGUUCCCAUGUACAGCUUGAAUAAUCAGCUCCAUAUCUGGCUUCUCUUCAGAACUCAUGGUUUUUUGCCAAUACUUCUAAUCUUGACACUUCACCAGAGAAGAGUUUGAGAGUUUCUCAGUGUUUUUUUACCACGUGAACAGGGGUCAUAGGCCACUGCUAUUAUGUCCUGGGUACAAGUUGCAGUCAGCCAAUCCAGUGAGGAUAUAUUUGAUGAAGAUGCAGAUGAGAUGUAUCUAUUAAAGAAGGAAUGGAACAACACCAUGAAAAAGAGAUUGAAGGAAGGCUAUAGGGAUGGAAUUGAGGCCGGAAAAGAACUUGCACUCCAGACAGGCUUUAAUCAAGGUUACAGACAUGGUGCCGAGCUGAUGAUUACAUGUGGCCAGUUCAAAGGAACCCUGAAUGCUCUCUUAUCCUGGUGUCAUUUUAAUGGACAUGAUUCUGCUUUAAGUACGAUAAAUAAUCUUCUUGAUGUGGUUGGAAAGUAUGAAGAUGAUGUGCUUAAGUAUCUGAAUUCUACUGAAGAACAGCCACAUCUUGGACACAUUUUAGACUCUGUUCAGGACAUGGACCUUAAUCACACAGCUGGGACAGAGUACAAGGAAGUUAAAGAUGGAAAACACGAAGACUGUGGCAGCUCCAGUGAAAACAUUUGUAGGAAUAAUGGUGAGUGUGACAUGCAGCAUGAUGAAGAUCUUCAAAAAUCUAGUUUUUACACUGGAAUGGUUCUAGCAUCAGGAAUUCCUUUCCAUUCAAAAUGAAACCCUACACAUGAUUCUUUACCUUAGAAGCUGCACCAAGUCAUCACAAACCUACAGGAAUAAGAGACAGGAGUUUCAUCUUUCUUGCCACCCUUUGUGACACAUCUUUUAUAAGCAUUUCAUUAGUAAUGGUAAGCUUGAUCCCCAUUACUUUUAAGUAGCUGAAUGGUUAGCAUAAAAAACCCCCCAACACUCAAAAACAAGACUAACAGUGCAAUAGUUAAAAAAAAUAUUACUAUAAUAAUUGGAAGAACAAAGGCUCUGUGAAAGAGGAUAAAAUUAACAGAAAUAGUUUGUUUUAUAACAGUAACAAUAUAAAAUAACAGAAAUACUCUUUCCAGAAAAAAAAAUUUGCAUCUUGGCCAGUUUUCCUUUUGUUGGUAGUGCUAGAAUUCUCUGAAUAUGCAUUUCCAUUCUAAUGAUAUUUCCCAGCACUCACUGAUCAACAGACCUGUGCUGGUUAGAUGAACAAUUUGAAAUUCCAGGGUUGACUUCAGCUAAAAAUAAUGGACAAAAUUAACUCCAAGGUAAUGUAGUAAUUUGGAUACUUACUGAUAAAAAACAGAGUUUAUGUUCCCCAACCCCCCACAACAGCUUGUUGUUAUAUCUUUGAUCUGAAGGAUUGUCUGUAACCCUGUAACAACUGCAGAACAUGAUAUGUGAACUUCAGGGUGAUAUUGUGUAAAUAAUUUAAUAUAAAUUUUGCUAGGAAAACAUCCCCACUAGUAGAAAUACAUAUACUCCUAAAGAAGUCAGAAGAAAAAACAGAAUAGCUCCAAGACAUCCAUUGAGAAUAUAUAUUGCACUACACCUUGGUAGGAAAAUAUUUUAAGCCCCUGUUAUUUACUAUAUACUGGUAACAUUGAAGUAUGAAAAUAAAAAAUAUUUAUGCAUGAUACCACAACAUACUUGGAAGGUGGGCCUGUCAGCUGACUUUUACUGUAAUACUUAGCACUAGAGUAUUUAGUACCUGUAACUGAGUUGUAAGUUUAGGUGAGAGAUUCAGAUGCCUAAAGAGGUAGCUAGUGUCAUGCACAGGCUUGCAAGUGUGACAAGACCAAAAGGAAGUCAAAUCCUUUCUGACAUGGCAGCUGGAAGCCAGGUGGGAGACCGCAGGGUGGUGAGAGACAGAGAAAAAUAAUUUUACCACAGGAGCUUCUUCAAAGUGAGCCAACUUUACAUCCAUCACAUCUCCAUCUUUCUCCAGCUGAAUUUCUACAUAAAACAUCAUUGAUGUUAUGUAGCAGGCAGUCCCACUGGGGCUAACAUGAACAGUAAGUCUGAGGAGAAAAAGGAAAAAAAAAAAGAAGCUUGUAUAUAUAAAAAUCCUGUCACUUAAGAAAGGAAAUGAGUAUAGUUCACUUGGUCGUGGGAAGAGACACCAGGGAUGCUUCAAAAAUAACUCUUCCUUGGCUCAGAUUCUGAAAACUAUCCAACUGGGCAUGUAUUUGUGCUCUGCUCUUUGCAUUAUCAUGUUGGUCUGCUCAAAACUAUUAACCUCAGCCUGCAGCUUUGGGAUGUAGGCAUUUAUGCCCUCUCUUUACCCAACAACCUCCUCCACAAAGGGCUAAUCAAAAUAGGCAAAUACACUCCAUUAGAACACUGAGCUAAAAAAUAACAUUCUUGACAAGCCAUCCAGGUAUUCCUCUCUGGACUUGAGGCCAUGCUUGCUCAUUUGCAUUUAUACAUAAACAAACUUACCCUUUUUGUCUGGAUAAAAGUUCCAGUGUGUCCAUCACAGAAAACAUGGAUUUAGCUGCAAAAAACAGAAAUGCAAUUUAAUGAAACUGCAAUGAUCAAGAAGUAGAACCAGUAUUAUCUUGCUUUAAAGGAUAUGAUUUACGUAAUGAGAAAAUAGUAUCUCUUGAAUGACUUGUUAUUAAUGACAACUAUUAGUCUAUGAUUAAUAAGUGCUGUUCUGGGUAGAGAAUAUUCUCAGGCUCUAAGAACAGCUAUAGCCUGAAGGCUUAGCCCAAAGACAAGUCGCAAGUCUCUUGUCUCUUGUCCACCUCGGUGUUUGUACAUUUGACCUCUUUGUGAAGAACAUCAAUAGAGAAGGAUUGGUAGAUUCCACAGAAUAUUAAAAAAUAUACUUUCAGUUAUCCAACAGAUCAUUACCAUUUAAUGUCUUCUCUAUCUUCUCCAUGCAAGAAAGCAAUGGACCAUCUGGAGCAUUACUGACAGGCCUCCGAAGUGGGUUAUCCUAGCACAUUUGUGAAAACAAGAGACAGAGAAGGAUUCCUUAAAUUACUAGCUAAGAGACACAGCACACAGGUGCCCUGUACAACAAAACACUGGCUAUUUGUUUUUCUCAAACACAGAGGUCACCUACGAUUGGAGCUAUCUCUGAAAUGGCAGCACUGAAUGGAUUUGUGAAGAUGCUGUUGUGCAGUAAUUACAUACCAGAUGCCUUUGGAGCAAGGAGCAGCUUUCCAUUCCCUUUCCUUUUGAGCUGAUCACUAAAUGUGUCAGCUAAUUUCACUGUGCAGCUAGAGAUAAGCUAAGAAAAUACUCGUGUUUUUAUUUUAGAAAAAGUCUGCCUGAGCAAAUAGAUCAGUAAGUGCCACAGGAGUACUUUGUUAGAUUGGGAUACAAGUUUCAGCUGAAGAUAUUCACUUCAGUAGCAAGCCAACUCUCCCAGUUUCUCUUCAAGCUCUUGUCUGAAAACUUCUCAUACUUCACACUUCAAUUAAUAAAGAACACUUACUGCUGAAGAGUUUUCACUUCGUUCAAAUUCAGGACAUUGUUUUCAAAGUAAGGCUUCAGUUAAGCAUUAAUAAAAAGAAGCAUGAAAACAAAUGGGAAUUUUUAUACUGAGCUCACAGCAGUUGUGCUAAUCUACUCUUUACAAAGAUGAUUGUUAAAUUAGCUACUGGAAGGGCAGGAAGCAUGGUAUAUCACAGCAGCAGAAAGUCUAGAUAGCAGAUUUCAGACCAGUUUCUAAAAAACAGUGUUUUCACCCAGUCCUAUAGGCAAUAAGUUGUCUUUACAUAUCAUGAAUAUGGUAACGAUAAUGAAUGGAAGGUAACCUAAACUAGUAGACAAUCAGUACUAACUCCUGAAUAGUUAAAAUAAUGCAUGAAACAACCCCUAAAGUGUUAAAAUUAGGCAGGAAAUUUCUAAAAUACAUUGUCCUAAGAAAAAUGGGGAGCCAGGCUACACUAGACACCAAGUUUUGCUUGGGGUUAUCUUUUGUUUGGUUUUGGAUUGCAUAGGGGUUUUUGUUUGGUUGGUUUCGCUUGUUGUUUUUGAAAGUCAAACAAUUUUUUAACUAUCUUGGAAACAUACUCUUAUACUACAUAUCCUUCUCUCACCUAACCUGUGAUUCUUACCAUGCAAAAAUAAACAAGUUUCAGAGUUUCAGUCCA